AUGACUACCCUGUUCCAUACGCAAGCUCCUCAUCCCGCACGCAAAAUUCGUCCGACGAUCAGUCGACCCUCUCCAGAACAAUACGCAGGGUUCACCAUUGAAAUUGCCGAUGCGCACUUUGACCUCGGAUCAAGUGAUGCCGGGAAGACGAGAACAGCGCAUUCUCACGUCGUCAGCUCUCUACCCGACUACACAUCCUUCGAACAUCUCUAUCAUGGCAGAGGGAUCGUCAUCCUCGCAGGAGGUCGAUACGCUCAAUACGCUACGACCUCGUUGAACGUCCUCCGAAUCAUGGGUUCAAAAUUACCCGUUGAGAUCUGGAUCAAGGAUGAAUCGGAACACGAUAUACUGUGGGCCAAAGAGGUCGAAAAAUAUGGUGCAAAAGUGAGGAUGAUCUCCGAUUACGCGCCUAUCGGAUCCGUUUGGGACUGGUUCAAUCCAACCACAUAUUUUGGAAAGCCAGUCCCAUGGAGUCCUUAUCAACUCAAGACCAUGGCCAUUUUAUUUUCCAAGUUUGAGCAGGUGUUAUUCCUCGAUGCCGACAGUGUACCCAUUCGAGAUCCAGAAGAAUUGUUCGAAUCUACAGCAUACAGAGAUACCGGAGCCCUCAUAUGGCCAGAUCUAUGGCCUUCUAUCGCCUCGUCCUGGUUACCCUACCUCAUUGGCUUGACACCGGCGAGGUCAGACAAGAUGUGGCAUGAACAAACGGCAGAAUCCGGUCAGAUGAUCUGGAACAAGAAGAUGCACUGGAAGAGUCUUCUCCUUGCGUGUUAUUACAACUUUUACGGUCAAGGCUUCUGGUACACCGCCAUCACUGGCAGCGGCCAAGGCUGGGGAGACAAAGACACUUACCUCGUCGCUUUACAAGCCCUGGAAGAACCGUAUCACAUUGUGCACAAAUUACCAGAGAGAUUCCCAGCCUGGGAGAGCGAUAUCCCCAUCAUCAACCUUCAAUUCAAGCCGAAUGAACCGAUCCAAGCUGAGGAUACUUUGGAGGGGGAGGAGGAGGACCUAGAUCCCGAAGCGACUAUCGCCUCGAGCCCUUCGCCCACGACUUCGGCCACGAGCCCCGGCACCUCGCCUAUCCCUGCGUUUGCACACGCAUGUGGCGGCAUCAAAUGGGGUCUGGGUGAAUUUGCUGAAGCAUAUCAUUCGUCGACACCGUGGAGUCUGUUUAGCAAGUUCACCAGUCCAAGAUACUCUCAUCUGAGUGAAUUGCUCAGCAAGGGCGAGCGAGUCUUGUCUGUGCUCCCGUAUCAGACGGAAGAGGAUGUCGAGCUGCAAUUGUGGCGGGGACUGGAACAUGCCGCCUGUUGGAGUAGAGCCAUGGGGAGUCUGGAAACGUGUCUCUGGACGAGAGAAAGGUUACGAGUCAUCUUUGACCAAUCUGUUGUAUCAGAUAAGAACAUUCAUGAGUGUUGA